AUGUCGAUGUCGUCAAACGCAUUACUUACUUCUUGUCUCGUCUUCUUUCUUUUCCUCACAGUUUCCGACCAAAAGCCCACCGCUUACGACGCUGUCAGAAGCUACAAUUUACCACCCGGAAUCCUCCCAAAGGGUGUCCUUGACUACGAGCUUAAUUCCAAAACCGGCGAUUUCAAAGUCUAUUUCAACGACACGUGUGAAUUCCCAAUCCAAUCAUACCAGCUCAAGUACAAAUCAACUAUCUCCGGUGUUAUAUCUACCGGCCAAGUCAAGAACCUGAAAGGAGUUAGCGUUAAGGUGCUUUUGUUCUGGGUUAAUAUUGUUGAGGUAUCUCUUGACGGUGGCGAUCUUGAUUUCUCCGUUGGGAUUGCGUCGGCGAGUUUCCCGGCGGCUGAUUUUGAAGAGAGUCCUCAGUGUGGCUGUGGGUUUGAUUGUAAUGGGCUUUUAUUUUCUUCUUGA